UUAGAAGUUAAUUUUGUGCAUUUAAAAUUUUAAAAUUAAGUGUUUAGUUUUAUUUUGCAAAAAUCAGUACGAUAAAUAACAUCGUAUAAAGAAUUUAAUUUUUUCCGGUUCCCAACUGAUCCGCAACUAAGAGCGAAAUGUAUUGGUUUUUGCCGCUUGCUGUCUGAUUGGGGAGUGACAAAAAACAGUCAAAUUUGCAGCAUCGCUUCUGAUGCAAUCCGGAUUUAUCACGCCGAUACUGAUGACCCAAAUAGUUGAAAAUAAUAUAGAACGAAUUUGGACAUUAGCAUGGAUUUAAUGUAGGCCUUUCACUAGUUCUCAUCGAUUACAUAGGAUAUGUUACUGAUUGGUUACAAGCUAAAGAAGAACGGAAACAAGCUAAACUACUGAAGCGGUUGAAGAUCGUAGAUUAGCUGUCAUAGCAAAACCCAUGUUGCUACCGACCGCUGAAGGAGUGCAUAAUAAAGCUAUCAUGAACUUGGAUUGGUUUAAAUACAUCACUCUCAGCAAAGAUUGUCUGUCCCCGAUAACAUCAUCAAUACUACGACAACAAAUCUAAAUGAACAACUUACACGAAGUUUACUAAAAGGAAAAUAUAUAACGCGAUGAAGUCGGAUAGCAGCCCCGUUUUAUAAUACCCAGCUACUAUUAAACGGUCAGACACUCAAAUGUACUUCCUCGAUAAGUGCAAGACAAUGAUCCAUAUCUGCUCUGUAUUGUAGUCGGUCAAAAGCCUGCACGCAUACCUCUGUUGCUGAAAGUUAUUUCAGGCGGACUGCUUUAUAAGAACUUUACUUAUCUAUCAAACCAAAAGUGAAUGACGACUAGACUAUGUAACCCUAAACUUACGUACAUCCUAUUAUUGAACUUCCCUCUGUAGGUCUUUCUCGGCGGAUACGUUUCCCAUCCACCGACCGAUGAUAACAAAAAACCUCCGGACGUGAUGCGAUUGAUGUGCCAACAAAAAAAAGUCAAGUUUUUCCUACUCUGAUGGUAGGCGUUGGUAUUGCGUACUCGGCCGUCUUCGAUAUCUACUUGUGCAAACAGUCGCACUGUGACGAUCUGCGAGACGAAGACUUCGAGUUGGACAAGCUUCAGUACAUUACGCACCUGUUGUGUAGCACAUAUUCCUUGUUGAGUUUCAGUUCCAAAAUGUUGCAGUGAACAGAUUCCAGUAGUGAUGUCCUUCAAAAGGUUCUGUUAAGCUAACAUUUUAGUUUCGCCUAAAGUUAACAGAAGAUCCGCAUUGAGGUGUUCUGCUUUUUCCUUGCGAUAGCCAUAAGUUGUUGGAUUACAAAAAACAACUGCACCCAGUGUAUAUUCGUCGAAACGUCGUUUACCGUUUCCCAAAAAUCCGGGCGGUUCCGAUGGUCAACAGAUGAUGGUACUCUUGUUAGUGACACCAGAUACGAAAUGCUACUAUAGACUACUGUUUUACUACAGUCUAAAGCGGCUUCUUAAGUUAUUUAUCACAUGAUUCUCUGAUAAAAAUCGGUAAUUCGUGACUAACAAACGCAGUGAAAUUCUGUACAAAGAUCUCCGAGUUUGCUGACUCUUACUUUUCAACUCCCUCGUCGCUAUCUACUGGUCCUGUGGAGCGUAGAAUAUAACCGUGCUGGGGAUGAUUUAAUCGACACCGAUGCCCCGCGGACUUGUUAUCGGUUUUUCAACUGGAGUGUGUUUCAUCAAUUUUCAAAUUACGAUACCACGCAGCACUACGAUAUCAACAUUUAGUCGGGCAAGUGAACGGUUAAACGAAGGAAGAUCAUCAAAUCAAUGUGGCACAAUUACAGAAAAAUGCAUAUCGUGCUUGUUAGCCGCAACUCCUGAGUGAUCGGACAUGAUCACAUAGAAGUAGAGAAAACCAGCGAGCGAGAGAUUAUUACAUAUCAUCAAAUAAAUUAACGCUGGUCCCGCUGUUUAAUUUGAAGGAAGCUGGUUGGACGACCGAUUCAUCCGAUCUUAUUUUAGAGAACUACAAGUUUGUUGUUUGCUUACCAUCAUGAUCAUUCACUUGAAUGUGUUACUCGUGAAAUUAAAUCCGUCGAUCUGCACAAAGGAAAUCAUCUCUGUUGUAACUGCAAAGCGGUCUUUCCGUGGUCUACUCACCAACACAAGCAAGCUUGUCUGCCUAUGGAGUAGCUGUGUCCGGUUAGUAUUAGCUUAAGAAACUAAUCGAUAAAUGUGAUCCUCUAGUCAUCAAUCAGACCAAUUGUAAAUAUUCAGGUUGUAGUGUAGUACAUAUUUUAUAAAUUGUUUGCUUCCGGUGACACUACUAAACCUUCGAUUCUGCUCUAAUGUAGCAUUACUGGCCAAUCAUCUAGACACUAAGCGUCAUGGUACAGGAUUUAUUGUGGGGCAGCAGAAUCACUGCAGGCAACUAUUAUGUGCCAAAAAGGAUCAAUGCAGAAUGACGGGUGAUUAGUGACUGGCACAAAAGUGGAAUGGUAGAGUUGGAAUUGUACAUCCCACCGACUUCAAUUUCCACCUGAUUAUUGUCCAGUCACCAGUUUGUUGAAAGUAUCAGCCAACUACUAUUGCAUCUUGUGAAUCUAUAAUGUCUUCGAGUUCGACGAGCUAAAUGCUUUAUGUACCUUUUCGGUUUCGUUUUUGAUUGCCGUCUACUAUGUCAAUUAGGUCGCAUUUGUCACCGUUACCACCUCGUCGAACAACAAGAACAUGAUCCCGGAAAAAAUUUUUUAGGAACCAACGCUAUGGCUGUUACAAUUAUUGUAGUAAAAGGAAAAAUUCCAUUUAUGCAACUGCUCUCCCAGUUAGGACAAGAGUUCAAUUAUACCUCGCCAGAAGUUAUUGUGGGGGGACAGCGUUGCAACAAGCUCAUCGAUGUGCAGAAUAGAAACAACUAGCCGCACGUGACGUCACCGAGUUCCAAAAUAUUCUACAAACCAGAUAUCCUGGGCGAACACGUAACCCAUCCAGAGAAUGGCGACAACAAGCAAUCUUUGUUUACGGUCACGAUCGGAUUUAUGGACGUCUCCGUCGUACUACGCUGUUGUGUUUCGGGUGUAGCAGUACCGGCAAGCCAUUUGUACGCACCGCCCAAAUACAACCGACCGCAAACACCCCCCGUGUGAUGACAACGUACAAGACAUCGAGUAAACAUCACACUGGUUGCUGAUAGUCGGCGCGGCUUAAAGUAUAGACUCUAAUGCAACAUUAUUUUGUAAAUAAAAAACAUAAAUUGUGUGGGUAGAUCGAAUAGAAUUCAUAGAUAGAUUUUGAAGGAAUUGCGGGAAAAGAGUUUUUUUGGAAGCUGAGAGAAAUAAAUAGUGCAACGGAGGAAAUAGUGAACUUGAUUAGUAUUGCGACGGAGGAAAUAAAACUGAAGGAUUUUGGAUUGGUAGAAGGUGAAGAAAAUAGAAUUGAAGCAAAAUAAAUAUACUUAAAAAAGGUUAUAAAAAUUGUAGGUUUGGAAGGUGCGAGCGAAAGAUAACCUGAAAUAGAAGAGAUUAGUAGGGAAAAAAAACUAUAAAUGUAAGUAGAGUGCAUUUUGAAAAUCCGGAAACGAAAACUAAUUGUAAUUAAAAUAAAAAUAGUUUCGAGCUGACUCGUAGUACAAAAAGAGCUGCUUCGAGAUUUUGUUUUUGCUAUUAGGCACGUCCGAACAUUCUCGAAAAUUUAUAAUGAUUCGGUCAAACCCUAACCCCGAGAAUCCUGAACAGUCAGGCUACAAUUGCGCGUCUUGUCAACGUCCGGAUAAUGACGAAACGAAUAUGGUGUUUUGCGACCAUUGUCAGCGAUGGUACCAUUUCGGUUGUGCUGGUGUUACGGAUGAUGUGCGUAACGUCUCAUGGUACUGCCAGGAUUGCGAAGAAGGUGAAGCGGAUGGUGCUGGUUCGUCUGAGCUGCUAGAGGAGUUAAAACAGCUCGAAGCGGAAAAGAAGAGGCAGAAGGCGAAAAUGGAACGGGAGAAGACUCUGCACCGGAAGCGGCUGGAGAUGCAGCAGGAGCUAUUUGAAAUGCGCCAGCAACUGGAACGGGAAAAGCGAGCGAUGGAAUUCGAGUACGAGAAGGCGCAAAUGGAGAAGAAACUUGCGGAAGAAGAGGACCACCAGAAGAAACUCGACGAGAUGCGGACGGAAAUGGAGGAUAAGCUGCUACAGUUGAAGCUGAAGCGGAACAAGAAUACCGGUAGCAGUAGAAUGCUGGAAGUCGAUGCUCAAGGUGUGGAUAAGGAUGACUCAAAGGAGAAGAAGCAAAAGAAGACGAAGUCGGAAAGCACACAACCAGGGAAAACAAAGCCUGAGAAGAAAAAGUCGGGAAAAGGAAAGCCUGGAGGUGCAGAUCUGGCAGUCGCGACUCUUGCUGAUAUUCGUGGAGCGUACCGUAAGCAUUCAACACCGAAAGUGGAAGACAAGCAUACAAGAAAGCUAGUUGGAGGUCCGCCGACGCUACCGGAAAGUUUCCUGAUCGGUCGAGACAAAAAUGAAACGCCCUUUGGUCACCCGGAAGUCCCAAGGAAGAAGGGCAGUAGUAGCAGUAGAAAAAUGAAGGAACUGAAAGAAGUUUCGGAGUCUGAGAGCGGAAAUAGUUCCGAAGAAAAAUCUUCGGAAGAGAACGAGAGCGGCGAAGCAGAAGAGAGUUCCGAAGAGGAAGAAAAUAGUGCCGAGGAGGAGGAAGAUAGUUCCGAAGCGGAAGGAAGUGUCGAAACUAAGGAAGAGAGUUCCGACGAAGAGGAGGACCGAAGAGAGUCUCGACGUAGAAGCGAAGGGAUGCAGAGACGAAGAAGCCAUCAUCAGGAACUCACGAAGGCCCAGUUGUUCUCGCGCCAAUUCCUUUCCAAAAAAUUGCCUACCUUUUCUGGCAAGCUGGAAGAAUGGCCGAUGUUCAUAAGCAGUUAUGAGACAUCGACGAAAGCGUGCGGGUUUUCUAAUCUCGAAAACUUAGCGAGGCUUCAAGAAUGCCUGAGAGGAGAAGCAUUGGAAGCGGUCAGAAGCCGACUUCUAUUACCAAAAGCGGUUCCAAAGAUCAUCGAAACUUUACGGAUGUUGUUUGGACGCCCCGAGAAACUUCUCAACAUGCUGUUAAAAAAGGUUCGAAAUGCAGCACCACCGAGAGCAGAACGCCUAUCGAGCUUCAUUAGCUUCGGGAUGGUAGUACAACAAUUAACCGAUCAUCUCGAAGCUACAAGUCUCACCGCUCAUCUAGUGAACCCGAUGCUGAUACAAGAGCUGACAGAGAAGCUGCCAGCAGGAACUCAGCUGGAGUGGGUGCGAUAUCGAAGGAAGAGUAAAAUGGUAACGUUGCGUACUCUAUCGAACUUUUUGUCAAACAUCGUGAAGGACGCAAGCGAAGUGGCGUCGUACGGAGAAGCAACCCGGUUCAUCGAACAAGGUUUGCGAAAAGAAAAAUCGAAGCGAGAGAACGAAGGAUUUCUGCACGCUCAUAGCGUAGAGCAGAAUAGGACGCAAAGUCCACCGGCGAAGGAAAGAAAACCGUGCCGAAUUUGUGGCAGAAUCGACCACAGAAUAAGAAACUGUGAAGCGUUUCGUCGAUUACGUCUAGCCGACCGCUGGGAUGCGGUCCGAAGGUGGCGGCUUUGCCAGGUGUGCUUGAACGAACACGGAAACGCCCAGUGCAAACUAAACUUCCGUUGCAAUGCCGAUUCGUGUAAAGAGCGACACCACCCGUUACUCCAUUCAGUGGUAUCCGUAAUCGGUUCGAACUGCAACAUGCACGCUGUCCAACCGAGGCCUUCAGUCAUCUUUCGCAUGAUGCCUGUCACACUGUAUAAUAAAAAUUGCACAGUGGAUACGAUCGCAUUUUUGGAUGAAGGAUCAUCGUACACGCUGGUGGAGAAAUCACUAAUGAACGUUCUGGGAGUUCAGGGUGUGACUCAACCGCUUCGCGUAACAUGGACAGCCGGAGUUUCACGACUCGAGAAGGGCUCUCAAAGAGUGAACCUUUGCAUCUCGGCACGAGGAUCAAAGCAACGUUUUCCGCUGAAAGGUGCACACACGGUGGAAAGUCUAAAGCUUCCACAACACGCGCUAAAUGUUUCGGAGCUGGUAAAGGAGUACUCUCAUCUUCGUGGCCUACCAGUUGCCGAAUUUCAGCAAGCAGCUCCUAAGAUUCUGAUCGGCCUCAGGGAUAUACACUUGUAUGCACCGAUCGAAUCACGAAUAGGUCGACCAGAAGAACCAAUAGCAGUUAGGUCGAAGCUUGGCUGGACUGUCUACGGGCCGACGAGCAUACACCACUCGGACGCAGGAUUAAUCGGGCACCAUGAAUGCAGUGCCGUGUCGAAUCAAGAGCUUCAUGACCUCCUGAAGAGCCACUAUACGAUGGAGGAGUCAAGGAUCUCCGUAGCCUUGCUUCCUGAAUCGGAAGAAGAAAGGAGAGCGAACGAGAUCUUGAAGAGUACGACGGUGAGGAUAGGCGAUCGUUUCGAAACGGGUCUGCUGUGGAAGGAGGAUGACCCAAGCUUUCCCGACAGCUUCCCUAUGGCGAUGAAACGUUUACAUUGUUUGGAGAAGCGCCUGAGUAGGAACCCCGAACUGUACGACAAAGUUCGUGGUAUGAUUGCCGAGUAUUUAGGGAAGGGAUACGCACAUAAAGCUACGUCGGCGGAAUUGCACGCGUUCGACAGUAGUAAGGUUUGGUACGUGCCUUUGAACAUCGUGUACAAUCCGAGGAAGAAGAAGUAUCGCUUGGUUUGGGACGCCAGAGCAGAAGUGAAAGGAGUAUCGUUGAACUCGAAGCUGCUGAAGGGUCCGGAUAUGUUAACCGCAUUACCGGCGGUGGUUUGUAGAUUCCGCGAGAGAGUCAUCGGAUUUGGUGCAGAUAUAAAGGAAAUGUACCAUCAGCUGAGGAUCCGCGAGGCGGAUAAGCGCGUGCAAAGAUUCCUGUUCCGGAAUACUCCCGAAAUGAUCCCAGAUGUCUACGUGAUGGACGUAGCGACCUUCGGCUCUGCCAGCUCGCCGUGCUCCGCACAAUACGUGAAAAACGUGAACGCGAAGGAGUUCGCAAGGCAGUUUCCGGAGGCAGCGGAAAAAAUAGUAAAAAACCACUACGUCGACGACUACUUCGAUAGCGCAGAUACAGUCGAUAAAGCAGUGGGACGAGCGAAAGAAGUUCGUUUCGUUCAUUCCAAAGGCGGAUUCGAACUGCAAAACUGGGUGUCGAACUCCGAAGAGUUCCUUCAGGUCAUGGGGAAGCAGCAAACAGACCAGUGCGUACGUUUCAGUGAGGACAAGGAAACGGGUUUUGAGCGAGUACUAGGCAUUGUCUGGAGCCCUGCCAGCGACGAGUUCUCGUUUUCCAUCGAGCUGAGGGACGAUCUUGUGCCGUACUUGUCAGGCAAGCGGCUGCCGACAAAGAGAAUCGUGAUGAGCUGCGUCAUGAGCUUCUUCGAUCCGCUAGGACUACUGUCUAUUUUCACCUUUUACGGGAAACUUUUAAUCCAGGAGCUGUGGCGCAGUGGAUGCGAUUGGGACCAACUAAUAGCUGGAGAGAAUGCGGAGAAAUGGAAUCAGUGGAUUGCAAGGCUUCCGGAGGUUGAAAAUGUCCGCAUUCCCCGGUAUUACUUUCGUGGCGGACAUGACUUGGACUUCAGUAGCGUUCAAUUUCAUGUCUUCGUCGAUGCCAGCGAAGGCGCAUACGGGGCUGCAGCGUAUCUGCGGAUUGAGACGGUUAAUGGUCCGAUGUGUUCGUUGGUGAUGGCGAGAUCGAAGGUCGCACCACUGAAGCAUCUCUCAAUUCCUCGUCUGGAGCUGCAAGCAGCAGUGUUGGGAGCCAGACUGGCAAAUUCCGUCGUUGAAAUGUUAUACUUUGACGUAAAGCAGCGAUACUUCUGGAGUGAUUCGAAGACUGUGCUGUCGUGGAUUCAUUCGGAUCACCGACGGUACAAGCAAUUCGUCGCCUUCCGGAUUGGAGAAAUCCUCAGUCUUUCAAAGCUAAGAGAGUGGCGAUGGGUUCCGACUAAGCUCAACAUAGCAGAUGCUAUGACGAAGUGGAACAAAAAGCACUAUGUGUUCAGAUGGGCCAUGGUUUCGAGGCCAGGGUUUCCUGUAUUUUCCGGAAGAGAAAUGGCCAGAGCAAGGUGA